AUGCCGAAGGGUCAUCCAUAGUAGAGAAAUAAGGCAUUUAAGGGGGAAUCGAAGCGGAGAGCAAAGUAGAGGAGUGAGGGCAAAUUGAAGAAGAAAAUAAAGAAGCAAGAGAUCAAACAAACGAAAAGUAAAGAUCCUCAAUAGGAAAUUCAGAUAGAGAGGAAAGUGAAGGAUUAGGAGUAGAGAGAGAGAGUGGUGAAAGCAGUAAACACAAAGAUCAUCGCCAUGUUUCCAAUGAAUUAAUAAGCCAACAUAGCCGCAUUAAAAUUUCGAUUAAUGUAGCAUCUCAAUAUAUAAUCAGUGGGGAUAAGUUCCUACAGCACUCAAGAUUGUUUUUUAAAUGUGGAGGCAAAUGGGAAAUUAAUAAAAUAGCCUUUAAGAUUUAUAUUCCUGGAUAGAAAUCCCGAGUAAAUACUAGAUGCAUGUAAAGUGGCAGACAUCGUGUGUCCAGUGCUGUCUUGCAGAGAUUGCAAUACAAACACAAUAAGUUUGGAUCCUCAUAGCAAUGCGAAUGCAUUUGAUGAGCAGGGUUAUAAGUUGCUUAGUAGUUUGAGAGCCCAGGGAUUAGUUCAAUAGGUGUGUUACAUAUAGGAUUUGGAUGAAAUAAGUCAGAGCAAGAGGAACGUAGUUAAGAAGUUGUUCGCAAGAUACUUUGAGAGUGAAUUUCCUGGAGCUCACAUAGUCGAUGAUUGUUCAACUUUGAUGAGGAGUGUGGUUGUGUUGCAUGAACAAGCAGUGGAAUGGAGAGACAGUCGUGGUUAUAUGUUGCCUGAUGACUUAGCUUAUGUGAAUGGAGAGUUAAGUAUUACAGGUACAUGGAGAGGGUAGAAUGGUUUAAGUGCAGAUUAAUUGGUGCAUAUCACAGGAGUCGAUGAUUUCUAAAUUGCACGCAUUGAGUUGCUGGGGAUGAUUGAGUAAGUAUUCGAAUCAACCUAACCAGAAUCCCUGGAUCCCAUAUGCAGAGACAAACAACAUGAUAUUGGAGAUUGUGAUGAUUUGUUGAAAGACAUAGCAGGGAUGCAAUUGCAAGAAGAGGAGGAAUAAAUGAUUGAAUAAGAAAGCGAUGUUAGUUAUGAAGAUCUUGAUAAGGAGUUUGAGGACGAGGCUCAAAAGAAACGAGAAUAGUUCGAGAUUGUACAUAGAGACACUGAGGAUUUAGACUAUGAAGAUGAGGUUGAAUAUGGAGUGGAAGUUAAAUUGAGAGAACGAUAUGACCAAUAUUAGGGUUUGAAGAACAUCAGGACGAGUGAAUUCGAUCCUCUCACUUUUUUACCAGAUGAGGCUGAGAAAAUCUACAAUUUCAGAUUCCUGAAAAAGAUUAAGUCAGAUGUUAUGGAGGAGAUGAAACAGAGGGAAUAGAUUAAGCCUGGAUAGAGAAUCAAAAUUACAUUGAAAAAUGUACCUGAAUUGAUAGUGCAAAGACUCACUCAACCAAAUAAGAUAUAUGUUAUUUCUGGGUUGUUGAAACAUGAAAGGAAGAUGACACAAAUGCAUGUGAGAUUCCACAGACAUUAGAUGCAUAAUUGUGUUCUCAAAUCCAAACAUUAAGUGUUUGCUUAAAUUGGAUUCAGGAGAGCUCACAUAAAUCCAAUCUAUUCUCGUAUUCUUAAUAAUUGCAGCAAAACCAAAUAUGUCAAGGAGAUUAAGGAUGACACAUUCUAUCUGGCAUCCUUCUACUUCUACAAUUCAUUCCCGCAACAACCUGUCAUCUUUUGGCAAAAUGACUUUGAUUUCAGAAGCAGCGAAAUCAUGGGAGUAGGAGAUAUUCAUAGAUGUGACACCUUCCAAGUGAUCCUCAAGAGAAUUGUACUUACUGGAUAUCCAGUCAAAAUUAACAAGAGAAAGGCAGUCAUCAGAAUGAUGUUCUUCAAUCCACUUGACAUCAAAUUCUUCAAACCUAUUGAACUCUCCACAAAAUUGGGAUUGAGAGGAAACAUUCUGGAACCCUUAGGCACACAUGGUCUAAUGAAAUGCAUGUUCAAUAACUUCGUCAAACCCAACGAUGUCAUCAGUCUCCAAUUGUAUAAGAGAGUACAUCCUAAAUUUGUGAAUAUUUAAAUAUGA